UUGACGUUUCGAUGAGGUACAUCUGUCAGGAGGAUGAGAUAGCGAAAAUUGAUAGAGAUUGUCGCAAAUACGAGUUUUUCCAAAAUCUUUAUUACAUAUUUCUCUUAAUAAUAGCAUAAAAUUAAAGCUUAUAGAUUGUUUACCAGUGUUGAAUUGGAAUUGAUUUGAUUCUCGUAAGUAAAUUAAUGAUAGUGACAUGCAGAAAGGAUAAAGUUGUUAAUAAAAAAUCUUAUAUCAUUAUCUAGUGUCGCUGGGAAAUAUAGGCUUAAAUCUACUUAAAAUUAUAUAAUUCAUACUUACCCGGCAUAGUGGUUGAAUCUAAAACGAAUCUUAAAGCUAUUGCUACGAGGUAAACGAGACUACGCACCUAUUCCAUCAUCCGCUGCAUGAGGCGAUAGAACUAAACUACUUCUUUUUUAGCUUCUACAAAAGCUGCUGGAAAAAAUCUAGUGUUUCUGCCACCGGUCCGAACAAUUUCUAAAAAAGAAGUAACUGGACCUAACCCCAACGCGAUGACGGAUGGAAACGUAGAUCUCACACUGACUGCUUGCAGUUCCUGUGGGCAAACAUCGGAUACCAACGAGCAGAUGGUUGGCUGUGAUUCCUGCAAAGGUUGGUUCCAUUGUCGGUGCGUCAAUGCCACGGAAGCUGACUUGGCUGAACCGAAGUGGUUUUGCUCCGCGGAUGAGUGUCAACGCCAGAAAAAAGGAACCACAAAAAGGAGCAGCAAGACAUCCAAAAAGGCUUCUGGACAUACGUCGGACUCCGAUAAGACGAGUGUUAAAUCGGACCGCCAAGUUGGACCGCAUCUUUCCCGAAUCAUGCAAACGUUGCAGAAUGAGCAGAAGUCGAAAGAUGAAGAGCUGCAAAUGGAACGGAUCAUGAGAGAGAAGCGCAUCGAGAUGGAUCUAGAGUUCAAGAAAAAACGUAUGGCAAUGGAGAAACAGAUGAGGGACAGAGAGAUGGAAUUGGAGAGGGAGUUGCUUGAACAAUCACUCGCACAGGAAAAGGAGCAUUUAGACCGGAUGAAACUGAUGAGACUACAGUAUCGAUCUCAAAUGGAUCAAGUCCAGCAGGAGAUAAAACAGUUGAACACAACGUCCGAAGCUGAUGAAACUCCGAAGGCAGUUGAUCGGAAUCCAGCCUUUCUGGGAGAGAGUUCUCGAGCGACUUUCGUCAACGCGGAUGCUACAAAUGUCUCUGUUCGAUCGAACUUGUCAAAGUUUAAGCCACUCGCCCCAAGUAAACAAGGUCAUGAAACCGACAGCGACGAUAGCGAUGAGACGUCUGACAGCGAGUCUUCAGAGGAGGAGUCUGCAGAGGAUGAAUCGGAUUCCGAAGCGGAGAAACCAAGGACGGGGCCGUCCAAGGCUCAGCUGGCGGCCAGAAACGGAAUUACGAAAAGGUUACCUAUUUUCACCGGAAAGCCCGAAGAAUGGCCGUUAUUCAUCGGGGCAUUUGAAGCAUCGACGGAAGCAUGUGGUUUUAGCGAAGUCGAAAAUCUUGUCCGCUUGCAAGAGAGCUUAAAAGGGCCGGCACUAGAAAGCGUUCGUUGCCAACUUCUGUUGCCAAAAUCCGUUCCUCGCGUCAUAAAGAAGUUGCGUCAGUUGUAUGGAAGGCCGGAGCAGCUGCUCCAAUGCCACCUGGAGCGAAUUCGGAAGUUGGACUCACCGAAGGCGGAUAAGCUCGCAAGCUACGUUCCGUUUGGCAACACCGUAGAGCAGCUCUGCGAUCACCUCAAGAUGGCCGGACUAAAGGAACAUCUAGUGAACCCUCUUCUUCUACAAGAUUUGGUAGACAAGCUACCGUCUGGUGACAAACGCGAAUGGGUUCGAUAUAAGAAGAAGAAGAAGUCUGUGACACUGUGUACGCUUUCGAAAUUCCUAUCGAAAAUCGUAGCUGAGGCGUGCGAAGCCAACGUUUCGUUAGAGAUCAAACCAGAUCCAAGGGUUUCUGUGUCGACGAAGGCCACCAAAGGGAUAUCGAAGGGAGCCGUGUUCAACCACAGUUCGUUGGAACCUUCCAAUAAAAGCGACGAUGCAAGACGGUCACAAAAGCCGUGUAUAGUGUGCCAACGCAAUGAUCAUCGUCUGAGAUAUUGCGAAGACUUUAAAAAACUGCCUGCGGCCGAUCGCAUCAAGCUAGCGCAGCAAAAAAAGCUUUGCAAGGUGUGCCUCAACGACCACGGGAAUGCUGAGUGUAAAUUCAAGCUACGUUGUAAUGUUGGCGACUGCCAACAACGCCACAAUCCGCUUCUGCAUCCCCCGCAAACGACGUUAGCGAUUAAUGCACAUGUACGAGUGAACGGUUCAAUUCUUUUCCGUAUGCUACCCGUUAUGCUGCACUGCGGACAAAAGUCUGUGAGCACUCUGGCAUUCCUCGAUGAAGGUGCGUCGGUAACACUGAUUGAGCAGCAUUUGGCGGAUAAAAUUGGCGCAAGCGGCGUGAAUCUCCCGUUAACAAUCAACUGGACUUCAGAUAUUUCCAGAACUGAAAGCGACUCGAUCUGCACAAAUUUAUGGAUUUCAUCCCCUGGAAGCAACGAGAAGAAUCUGCUGAAGACGGUGCAGACGGUUCGUGAGUUGCUUCUUCCUGCACAAUCGCUUGAAUCCCCGGAAAUGGCGAAGCGAUAUGCUUUUCUGCGUGACGUGCCUUUCCUUUCCUAUCAAAGUGAGCGCCCAGGACUAUUGAUCGGGCUAAACAAUAUCCACGUCAUUGCACCUAUCGAAACCAAACUAGGUGGACCGGGAGAACCAAUCGCGGUGAAAUCAAAACUAGGCUGGACCGUGUAUGGUCCACAAAUGGGAGAAACUAUAAGCGAAGCCUUUGUGGGUCAUCACGCAGUGAGCAACCGAGCAAUUCAUGAUCUCAUAAAAGUGCAUUAUGCCCUCGAAGAAUCGGCGACAGCUGUACUUCAAGAAUCGAAGGAAGAUCGAAGAGCCCGUGACAUCCUGGAACGGACGACGAAACGCAUAGGAGACCGUUUUGAGACGGGACUUCUAUGGAGAGCUGACGAUAUAGUGUUCCCGAAUAGCUUCCCGAUGGCCCUUCGGCGUUUGGAACAUCUGGAACGACGUUUAGAAAAAACACCUGAAUUGUACGAGAUUGUAAGACAACAAGUGAUCGAAUACCAGAACAAGGGGUACGCGCAUAGAGCAACGGCUGAAGAACUGACCAAAAUGGAUCGUCGCAGGAUGUGGUAUCUGCCCUUGAACGUGGUUCUAAACCCAAAAAAGCCCGGCAAAGUUCGCCUGGUGUGGGAUGCGGCGGCACGCGUCGAUGGCGUUUCUCUAAACUCGCAGCUGCUAAAAGGACCCGACUUGCUGACUGCAUUACCGGAAAUCGUAUGCCGCUUUCGAGAGCGACCGGUUGCCUUUGGUGGAGACAUCAGAGAGAUGUACCACCAACUGAGGAUACGCGAGGUGGAUAAAUCGGCACAGUUAUUUCUGUUCAGAGCAAACCGUACAGAUGAACCGGCCAUCUACAUAAUGGAUGUUGCCACAUUUGGCGCCGCAAGUUCUCCGUGUUCGGCUCAGUUCAUAAAGAACCUGAAUGCUCUUGAAUUCUCCAACGAUUUUCCAAGUGCAGCAGAAGCAAUCAUCAAAAGCCACUAUGUUGAUGAUUAUUUCGACAGCGUGGACUACGUAGAAGAAGCUGUUCAACGAGCGAAGGACGUAGCAUACGUACAUGCAAAAGGAGGAUUCCAAAUCAGAAAUUGGGUGUCCAACUCUGAGGAAGUGCUUCACAACCUCGGAGUACAGAAAGUCGUGACCAACGUUCGUUUGACGCAGGACAAAAACAUCGAAACCGAACGCAUCCUGGGAAUCGUAUGGAAUCCGACUGAGGACACUUUCUUGUUUUCUGCAAAUCAUCGACCGGAUCUUGAGGCGUUUCUCGAAGGCGACGAAAGACCUACAAAGCGUGUCAUCCUCAGCUGCGUGAUGGGAUUUUUUGACUCCCAAGGUAUGUUUUCUCAUUUCACGGUGCACGGUAAGCUUAUUGUGCAAAACCUAUGGCGACUGGGUUAUGAUUGGGACGAAACAGUGAACGACGAUACUUGGGCAGAUUGGAAGCGAUGGACUGCUCUAUUACCGUGCGUGGAAUCAGUGAGAAUUCCACGGGCGUAUUUCGGUAGUCUACGAUCGGACGAAAUCGAUUCCCUCGAAUUACACGUGUUCACUGACGCUAGUGAACAUGCGUAUGGAACAGUGGCGUACUUCAGAGCAACGGUAAACGGAACCUACAAGUGUGCGUUAGUCAUGUCACGGUCGAAGGUAGCACCACUAAAAAGGCAAUCAAUUCCCCGGCUGGAGCUUUUGGCUGCUGUACUGGGAGCUCGACUAUUGCGCACUGUCGAAUCAAGUCAUACACUGCCUGUUCAUCGACGAUUUCUGUGGACGGAUUCACAAACUGUGUUAAGCUGGAUUCGUUCAGAUCAAUACAAGUAUAAGCAAUUCGUUGCCUUUAGAAUCGGAGAGAUUCAUGAAUUGACCAACUUAGCGGAUUGGCGUUGGGUACCAAGUAAACACAACAUCGCAGACGUUCUGACCAAAUGGGGCCAGGGACCUCCACUCGAAUCAAACGGUCCAUGGUUCACAGGUCCACAGUUUUUGUAUCAGCCUGAAGAGAACUGGCCAAUUCAAAAACUUCCACCGGCCAAUAUCGGCGAAGAAAUGCGAGCUCAUUUGCUGUUCCACGACACAGCUAGCCAUGUGGAACCACUGAUUCACGUUCAAAUGAUGUCACGGUGGACUCACAUCGUCAGAGUGACUUCGUACGUGCUAAGGUUCGCUGCAAAUUGUCGUCGCAAGCAAAAGGGCGAACCGAUCUGGACUACGAAAGCAGUUGGGAAUCAUACGAAGUUGUUAAAAUCACAAUGGUCUCACAUCUGCUGGCCGUUACAACAAGAAGAGUUCCAGAAAGCAGAAACAGUGUUGUGGAAGCAGGCUCAACUUGCUGGUUUCCCGGACGAAGUCUGUACGAUGAAGCGAGCACAGAGAGCGAAUCUAACAUCGGCGAAAAUUGAAAGAGGCAGUCUUCUGUACAAAUUGACUCCCGUUAUGGACGACAAUGGAGUCAUACGUGUAGGAGGCAGACUGGAAAAGGCGGAAUUCCUGCCGUUUGAUACAAAAUUUCCAAUCAUCCUUCCUAAAGAUGACGUCAUCACAAGCAGAUUGGUUCAACAUUAUCAUGAGCGAUUCGGGCACGCAAACCGCGAAACAGUGUUUAACGAGAUGAGACAACGUUUCUACGUUCCAAAACUGCGUUCCGUUAUUCUGAAAGUGAUGAACAACUGCAUUUGGUGUCGGGUCUACCGAUGCUCCAGUUGGGCGAAGUAA